AUGCCAGCAGCCUUAGUGCUGCAGGGCACCAGACAGCAGGCCCCGGCGUGGGGCAGACACCCCCUGCUCCUUCCAGCCAGCGGCCUGCACCUCACAGUAAGACACUGGGGACCCCAGAUAGACCCUGCUAUGGAAGCCAACCCGGGUGCCCCUGGCCGCUGGCCCCGCACAGAGCUCGACGAUGAGGACUACCCCCAGGGUGGCUGGGACACGGCCUUCCUGGUGGCCCUGCUGCUCCUGGGGCUGCCGGCCAACGGUCUCAUGGCAUGGCUGGCCGGCUCGCAGGCCCGGCAGGGUGCAGGCACGCGGCUCGCUCUGCUCCUGCUCAGCCUGGCUCUCUCUGACUUCCUGUUCCUGGCGGCAGCGGCCUUCCAGAUCAUGGAGAUCCAGCAUGGCGGGCACUGGCCGCUGGGGACGGCCGCCUGCCGCUUCUACUACUUCCUCUGGGGGGUGUCCUACUCCUCCGGCCUCUUCCUGCUGGCCACCCUCAGCCUGGACCGCUGCCUGCUGGUGCUGUGCCCUCGCUGGUACCCUGGGUGCCGCCCGGCCCGCCUGCCCCUCUGGGUCUGUGCCGGGGUCUGGGUGCUGGCCACCCUCUUCAGCGUGCCCUGGCUGGUCUUCCCCGAGGCCGCCGUCUGGUGGUACGACCUGGUCAUCUGCCUGGACUUCUGGGACAGCGAGGAGCUGCCGCUGCGGAUGCUGGAGAUCCUGGGAGGCUUCCUUCCUUUCCUGGUGCUGCUCGUCUGCCACGUGCUCACCCAGGCGGCCGCCUGCCGGCCCUGCCGCCGCCAGCAGCCUGGGGCCCCGGCCUGCCGCGGCUUCGCCCGUGUGGCCAAGACCAUUUUGUCAGCCUACGUGGUCCUGCGGCUGCCCUACCAGCUGGCGCAGCUAUUGUACCUGGCCUUCCUGUGGGACUUCUACCCCGGCUACCUGCUCUGGGAGGCCUUGGUCUACUCUGACUACCUGAUCCUACUGAACAGCUGCCUCAGUCCCUUCCUCUGCCUCCUGGCCAGCGCCGACCUCCGGGCCCUGCUGCGCACCGUGCUCGCCUCCUUUGCAGCCGCUGUCUGUGAGGAGUGGCCGGGCAGCUUCAUGCCAGCUGAGCCACAGACCCAAGUGGACUCUGGGGACCAGACGGUACCAGGGCCAGUGGCUGAGGCCCAGCCACAAGUGAACCCCGAGGCCCAGACCCGGCUGAACCCUGUGGCCCAGCCACAGGUGAACCCCGAGGCCCAGACCCGGCUGAACCCUGCAACCCAGCCACAGGUGAACCCCACAUCCCAGACACGGGUGAACCCCAUGACCCAGCAACAGGAGGACAACGAGGGCCAGCCCCAGCUGGAUUCUGGGGCCCAAUCACAGGCAAGCCCCAAGGCCCAGCCCCCGGGGCCCACUACCAGCUCAGACCCCAGUGCCUGUGAGGAAGCCUCCUGCACGCCAGCCAUGGAUUCCACCCUAGAGGCCGUGAACCUGGCCGCGCCUGCUGCCUCUGAGGGAGAAGGCCCCAGCGGCGUUCCCCAAGAAGAGGCCCCAGGCGCGGGCCCCACGUGA